GGUCCCCGCAGCAGCUUUCACCAUGACAACAGUUGACUUCUCGGAUAUAGAGGCGUUUUUGGACUGCCACCCAGAUCUCUUCGAGGAGUAUCUCGUUCGAAAGGCGAAAUGUGAUCAGGUAAGCAGAUGGUUGAGGGAGCAUCAGCCGUCGAAAGUGUCCACAGCCGAGGAGAAGCGUGGCGCCGCCAGGGACCCGCUCUGGCCGACCAACCCAGACGGGCUCCGGCGCAGAUCGUCCCACAUGGAGCUGCGACGGAACUUCGCCCGGUCCAAAGCCACCACCGCACACCGGACCUACGACGAGCAUGUGAACCUGAGCGAACACGAGUCCCAGUCCAGCAUGAGGCGCCGUGCGCUCCUGCGUAAAGCCAGCUCCCUGCCUCCGACCACUGCGCACAUCCUGAGCGCCCUGCUGGAGUCCAGGGUCAACGUGCCCCAGUACGCGUCCAGCGCCAUCGACUACAAAUACAGACUUAAGGAAACCAACGAGAGGGAGUUUUUCUUGGAGUUAGUGAAGGAUAUCUCCAAUGAUUUGGACCUGACAAAUCUCAGUUAUAAGAUCCUGAUCAAUGUGUGUAUCCUGGUGGAUGCAGACAGGUGUUCGCUUUUCCUUGUUGAGGGACCCGCGCACAAGAGGACACUUGUGUCCAAAUUCUUUGAUGUGCACUCCGGCACCACUGUCAGACCAUCCUCCAGUACCCUAAACUCUAAUGAAGUACAGGUGCCAUGGGGAAAGGGUAUCAUUGGAUACGUGGCAGAGCAUGGUGAAACUGUAAACAUCCCAAACGCAUAUGAGGACCACCGCUUCAGUGAUGAGAUAGACAAGUUAACGGGCUACAAGACUCAGUCCAUCCUCUGUAUGGCCAUCUGUAACAGUGAUGGAGAAGUCAUUGGUGUUGUACAAGCAAUCAACAAAAAUCCCAUGGGCACUCCCUUUACUGAGGAUGAUGAGAAGGUGCUGCAGAUGUAUCUACCAUUCUGUGGAAUAUCGAUUUCCAAUGCGAAGUUGUUUUCUGAGUCUCGCAAGGAGUAUGAAAGGAGUAGGGCUCUGCUGGAGGUGGUCAACGACCUGUUCGAGGAGCAGACUGACCUGGAGAAGAUUGUCAGGAAGAUCAUGCAGCGAGCGCUGACCCUCCUGCAGUGUGAACGGUGCUCUGUGCUUCUCCUCGAAGACAUUGACUCACCUGUUGUGAAGUUCUCCAAGACAUUUGAGCUCAUGUCUCCCCUGUGCAACAUGGACCGUGACAUCAGCAUGGAGAAGCUUUCGUGUUCUGACUGGCUGAUCAAUAACAGUAUUGCUGAGCUGGUGGCUUCCACAGGACUGCCUGUUAACAUCAGUGACGUGUGUCAGGACCCACGCUUUGAUGCUGAGGCAGAUCAGGCCUCUGGGUUUCACAUCAGAUCAGUGUUAUGUGUCCCUAUCUGGAAUCGAACUCAUCAGAUAAUUGGGGUCGCACAAAUUCUGAAUCGCCUUGACAGGAAGACCUUCAAUGAUGCAGAUCAGAGACUGUUUGAGGCAUUUGUGAUAUUCUGUGGACUUGGAAUUAACAACACUAUGAUGUACAAUCAAGUUAAGAAGACAUGGGCCAAGCAGUCUGUGGCACUAGAUAUGUUGUCCUACCACGCAACCUGUUCCAAGGUAGAAGUUGACAGACUCAAGGCAGCUAAGAUCCCCCUGAGCACUGAAUUGGGCAUCGAUGAGUUUCACUUCAACGACUUCUCUUUGGACAAUGACGCCAUGAUCACUGCGUCACUCCGGAUGUUUCUGGAACUUGGUGUCGUCCAGAAGUUUAAAAUUGACUAUGAGGUUUUGUGCCGCUGGCUUCUGACUGUGAGGAAGAACUAUCGAACUGUGGCAUAUCAUAACUGGAGGCAUGCCUUCAAUGUGUCACAGUGCAUGUUCGUUAUGAUCACAACAGCCACUUUCCAGGAUGUCCUGUCAGAUGCAGAGAUACUGGCACUGAUGGUCGGCUGUCUGUGUCAUGACUUGGACCACAGAGGCACCAACAAUGCAUUUCAAGCCAAGACAGGUUCUGCUCUGGCUCUGCUUUACGGGACAUCAGCCACCCUGGAGCAUCAUCACUUCAACCAUGCAGUCAUGAUCCUACAAAGUGAGGGUCACAAUAUCUUUGCAAACCUCUGCUCUAAAGAGUAUAGCAACAUGAUGCAACUAUUGAAGCAGGCUAUUCUCUCCACAGACCUUACUUUGCACUUUGAGCGCAGAAACAAAUUCUUUGAGUGUGUUCUGUCCGGAGAAUUCAGCUGGACCGAUGAAGGACACAGAGAAGUUCUCAGGUCCAUGCUGAUGACAGCAUGUGAUCUGGGCGCGGUCACUCGUCCUUGGAAGAUAUCCAAACAGGUCGCAGAGCUUGUGACAAGUGAAUUCUUUGAACAAGGUGACAGAGAGAGGUCUGAGCUUAAGUUGACCCCAGCGGCCAUAUUUGACCGUAAUCGCAAAGAUGAACUACCUGCCUUACAGCUGGAGUGGAUAGACGGGAUAUGUAAACCCCUUUACCAGGCACUGCUGAAGCUCAACAGGAAGUUGCAGCCAAUGCUCGAUGGGAUAGAUGCCAAUCGAAAUAAAUGGCAGGACCUCUGCUUGUCCUGUCAGCAGACACGUAGAGCCUCAGUGUCCAAUAAGAGUGCUGAAUUAGAUGAGAGUCCUGAGUCCCACAAAGACGCAGAAACCAAUCAACACCCAGACUCCACAGAGACUCUGAAGCCAGUUGAAAACUCUAAGUUUGAGUCAAAGUCUAAGUGCAGUCAGGAUGUGAGGUGCAGAGAGAACAAUGGUUCCUGUGAUGAUAAACCGGCAUCAGCUGGCAACAUAACAUCUGCAGGAAAGAAGUAGAGCAAGCUAAGUGUUAAAUUUAGGUUUACCCAUUAAAAGUCUCAAAAGGGGGCUCUUCCCAUACCUUGUGAUUUUCUAACACAUGCGCUAAAAUGAUUUUUUAAAAUCUGGGUAAACGAAAUGCAGUUUUCAUCUGCUGAGCACAUUGCUUCUCACAAGUGUCACUGUGUUAAACUCAGGAGCAUGAGUAAUUCCAGUUGGUCAAACUCUAUUUAAAGGGCAGUUUCCCAUUUGUUUCUAUCUAUCUAUCUAUCUAUCUAUCUAUCUAUCUAUCUAUCUAUCUAUCUAUCUAUCUAUCUAUCUAUCUAUCUAUCUAUCUAUCUAUCUAUCUAUCUAUCUAUCUAUCUAUCUAUCUAUCUAUCUAUCUAUCUAUCUAUCUAUCUAUCUAUCUAUUUGAAAGCUUUUCAUUAGUGAGAUGUAUGAGAAUGCGAGACUACCGUUGAAACCAAAGAGCGCCAAUUAUUACUGUAAUGUUUUGUAAUGGGAACUGCCUCAAAACCACAAGCCCAUUGGAAUGCCUUUACAAAACAAAAAAGUAAUCACUGUGAUAUCUCUCUGUCACAUAAUUUGCCAUUCUGAAUGUAGACCGGAGCAUGAUCUUGUUCCUGAAUGUUUCUUACUGAUAGGCUGUCUUACCUCAGUUGCAAAUCUUAGGCUGCAUGGAAUUAUUUUCAAUAUUUGUAGGUUAACUGAGCCUUUGGCCGUCAACUUGUUCUGUGACUUGCAUGUAUGUAUCAUAUCAGUAAUGUGCAUUGCCACAUUUAAAUGAAAACUUUGUAUCUCUAGGUAAGGAAUAAGUCAGAUAAGUGUGAAAGGCCAAAUUUUAGUGUAUUGAUUUUGUAAGGAAGGUCACUGAUAAACUCCUCAGGCUGAUUGUGCGUGUGUGUGUGUGUGUGUGUGUGUGUGUGUGUGUGUGUGUGUGUAAAAAAAAAUGACACAGAGGAAUAAAAAUGGUUUUGUCUUAUGGGUCUGAAAAUAACUUACUGUAAAGGUACAGUUUAGUUUUUUUGGAAUAUUUAUUGUUUGGACAACUUACACUAAUUUAUUAUUUCUCACCUGAGUGAGACAAACACGUGCCUGUAAGUCUGUGUUCAUUUAAAAAAAAAUUGUUUUGCCUGAUCUACUUUCUCCUUGCAUGCGCCCACAUGUAACUGUAAUUGUUAUUACUAGGCUAAUGAGUACAAUUUAUUACAGAACCACACAACCCUCAGGAUGUGAGUGAUGACUCCAUACAUAUGCGUUAGCAGAGCAAAGGCUAAAUUCACUGUUCAGUAUAUCUUUAAACUACACACAUCAGCAUGAAAAACAUCCAUGAGUUUGUCUCACUCUGGGUAAGAAGGGGAAAAAACUGAACUAUGCCUUUAGAAGACUUUAGCAUUGUACAUACAGUAUGUAAAAAAUGCCUAAAUAGAAGUUUUGAGGUUCUUAUAAAGUAGAGUGUGUAUAUUUGUAUCCAUUUGUUUCUAUUGUUUGAGAUUCAUCACAGUGUUUUGUAGUUCAGACUGGGAAGCAUGCUGAUUAUGUUGAAACUGCAUGUAUCAUGUUUGAUGUUGAUACUGGACAUUAUCUUGAUGCCUUCGACUGCCCUAUGAGAUUUGCUUUGCAUGAAAUUACUGUAUGGGAAAUACUAAGUGUUGUUACGUAAGAAUAUUGUUGCUGCACUAUUGUUGUUGAGGACAGAUAAAGAUUCUAUUUUCAAUCACAGACUGUACCAAAAUUAUACAUCCAUUAUUUUUCAUACACCGGACUCUAUAUUUAUGCAAGAUGUAGAAUUGGCAUUUUAUCCUGCUAUUUAUACACUGUCCACAAAAAAUACAUUCUUAGAGAAGACAAGAAAGUGUUACAUUUCAGAUAAAAUUGAGUAAACCGAUCUCCAGCUGGUUUUGUGAAUAAAAUGCUGUGGCAUGGAAACAGAUGUCAGAUCAGAUGUCAACUGCUCACUGUGUGGAGAUAUGGCUGUUUGUCAUUAGUGAGUAUCACAAGUUGAAGAUAGUUUUUCUUUUUUCUUUCAGUUGAUGUAGAAAAAGAGUGAUGCAAACCAUCAAAGCUAAAAUGUUUGUGUCAUACUUAAGUCUCCAUGGAUGUGGAUAUUGAAAGCUUUUUGUGACUGAAAUAAAGUAUUUGCAUUUCUGA